AUGCUAGAGGACCUAAACAAAGCCCCUGAACGAGCUAUUGUCAUUCUGCAUGCCUGUGCUCAUAACCCAACUGGGACUGAUUUAUCUCAUGAUCAGUGGAAUCAAUUGGCAUUACUUAUCAAGGAGAAAAAACUUUUCCCUGUAUUUGACAUGGCUUAUCAAGGAUUUGCUAGCGGAAACCUAGAUAAUGAUGCUUGGGCUGUCCGUUUAUUUGCUUCAAUGGGGAUGGAGAUGUUUAUUGCUCAAUCAUUUUCGAAAAAUUUUGGACUUUAUAAUGAACGUGUAGGCAAUCUAAUAUUUAUCACACAAGAUCCAGUAACUACAUCACAUGUGAAAUCACAAGUGAAAUUAUUAAUUCGUCAAACAUGGUCCAAUCCACCACAACAUGGUGCACGAAUUGUUGCUACCAUAUUAAAUAAUAUUUCGUUAUUCAAUGAAUGGAAAACCUGUGUGAUUACAAUGGCCCAACGUAUUCGUGAAAUGAGGCAGGGACUUUAUGAGCGCUUGAGAAGUUUGGGAACACCUGGGAAUUGGGAACAUAUCAUUAAUCAAGUUGGCAUGUUUUCAUAUACCGGUCUAACAUCUACCCAAACACAAUAUAUGAAAACAAAACAUCAUUUAUACAUUAUGCAUGACGGUCGUAUUAAUAUGUGCGCUUUAACUACAAACAAUAUUGACCAUAUUGCACAAGCUAUACAUGAUACGGUUAUUAAUGUCAAAGAAUAA